AUGAGAUUUUAUGGCCAUCUUACAGAUCCUGUUCGCUCCAAUUUUAACGGAAAUAGCCAACGUGUUACCGAGAGAAUAAGCAGACCAAGACAAUGUUCUCGUACAACAAUCAACUUUGCAACCGCUGAUAUAUUUGCGUCGUUAAUGAAUUGCGAUUCAUGUGAACAGUCACCUGUGAGAAAUAUGCCUGCCUAUAUCACAAAGCAUGUUUGUCAAGAGUCGGCCAAAUGCUCCUUUAUGCCAAAGUGUCAGUCUCAAGAAAAGACCCCCACGUGUAUUCUAAUAGGGCAAGAUGGAAAGACAGUCGAAGCUUCCGGGUAUGAAGCUGAAGACAGAUAUCAAGAUUUAGUUGCCAAUGAAAAGCAUAUGGAUUACUUUUAUUUUGAGCGUUUUAAGAUGUCGUUAAACAUAAAGCUUGGAGAGAAGCUAGAUAGAAACAUAACACUAGAAGACGCAAUGAACAGACCGCUUCGAGCCAUUGACGUGUUUUCAAUGAGUAUCAAAUUUCUCAAAGACGACUUGCUAGAUGUUUUGCUCAGCACAAAAAUUGGAAACGUCAGAUUGAAUGAUAUUCACUGGGUAUUAACACUGCCUGCUAUUUGGACAGAUGGAUCUAAUCGGUUUAUGAUGGAAGCUGCCGUAAUGGCUGGAAUCAAGACAAAAAGACUAACAACAGCUUUGGAACCAGAAGCUGCCUCAAAGUUCUGUCGGGACUUACCAAUAGAAGCUACAACAUCAAAUACGGGUGUCAAUAUUUCAUCGUUAUCAAUCGGAACACAGUAUCUGGUCCUUGAUGCGAGGGGUGGAACAAUUGAUAUAACAGUACAUGAGGCAGAUAAUGAUGACAAUAUAAAGGAAAUACAUGCAGCAAGUGGAGAUGGAUGGGGUGGCACAAUCGUUGAUAAAGAAUUCGAGCGUUUGUUGGUCACUUUAGUCUCAAGAGAUGUUUACGAAGAGUUUAAACCGGAGCACACUGAUGACUGGCUUGAUAUUUGGCAUGUUUUCAGAGACUUUGAGGUCAAGAAAAGAAAGAUAACAACAUCUUCAGAUUCGCCAUUAAGAAUGAAACUUCCUCCCUCGCUUACACAUUUUUUUCCUUGUCAAUAA